CCCCGCCCGGCCCGGCUCGGCCCGCGUCUCCCGGAGCGCCGUGCGGGGAGGGGCGGGCACAGCGGCCCGGCGCGGCGGAAGGAGCCGCUCAGCCGCGGCCUCGCUCCCGGCGCUGCCCGCGCCCGCCGAGGCGCAGCCCCCGGGGCUCCGCACGCACCUGCCGGGCCGCCCCCGCCGCGGGGCCGGGGACACGCACCUGCCGUCGCCGCCGGGCCGCCCGCACCUGCGCCGCCCCCCGCACCCCCGGGCGGGCCGCGUUUCUCGGCGGGCAGGGCAGGGCAUGGCGGGGCGCUGAGAUGAAAGUGACCGUGUGCUUCGGGCGGACCGGGAUCGUGGUGCCCUGCAAGGACGGGCAGCUCCGCGUCCGGGACCUGACCCAGCAGGCCCUGCAGCGCUACCGCAAGGCCCAGGAGAAGGAUCCAGGUUCCUGGGUGAAUAUUCACCACCUGGAGUACACAGAUGGAGGGAUCCUGGACCCAGAUGAUGUGCUGGCAGACGUUGUGGAAGACAAAGAUAAGCUGAUUGCUGUCUAUGAUGAGGAAGAAACUCACCGUAAGACUGAUGGCACCAAUGGCAACUUGACAGACAGAAACAGCCCUGACUCUUUUGAGACGGAGGUGGCGGCUCAGCUGGCUGCUUUUCAGCCCAUUGGUGGUGAGAUCGAAGUGACUCCUUCUGCCCUAAAACUUGGCACACCACUCCUGGUACGAAGGAGCAGUGAUCCAGCUUUGGGCCCACCUGCGGACUUCCACCCCAGUACUUCCCAGCCCAGCGACCACAGCCUCAAGCAUGUUGUGGCAGCUGCGUCCCAGGUGUCCAUUCAGGCUGGGGAGAUGAACCUCACUGGCCCCCCAGAACUGCUGUUGGCUCCGAGGGCCCGGCUCCCCGUCAGUGAAAUGACAAAAACAGUGGAGAUUUCUGCGGAAGGUGGACCCUUGGGAAUCCAUGUAGUGCCCUUUUUUUCAUCUUUGAGUGGAAGGAUGCUGGGACUCUUCAUCCGCGGUAUUGAAGAAAACAGCAGAUCCAGGCGUGAUGGGCUUUUCCACGAAAAUGAAUGCAUUGUGAAAAUUAACCACGUGGACCUUACAGAUAAAACCUUUGCACAGGCUCAGGACGUUUUCCGUCAGGCAAUGAAAUUUCAAAGCGUUACCUUGGAAGUCCUUCCUCCAUAUAAUCGAGAACAAUAUGAGAAGGCUGCUAUUGCCCCUCUUUGUUUUCUGGAUAGUGAAGAAGGAGUGCCAAAAACAAAGAUUCCACCUCCUGUUCAUCCCAAACCUGCUCUGAAAACCAUGAAUCUUUCUGGAGCAAACAGCUUGGACACGGGUGUACAGGCAACGCUGCAACAAGCCAAGAGCCCCAACCUCCCCCGGCUGGUGAGAAAGUCGUCGUCUCCAUCACUAUCUCCCCUUAUGGGCUUUGGCAAUAAAAAAAAUGCAAAGAAAAUAAAGAUAGACCUGAAGAAAGGUCCAGAAGGACUCGGUUUCACUGUGGUUACCAGAGACUCUUCAGUACAUGGUCCCGGUCCGAUUUUUGUGAAGAAUAUUUUACCUAAAGGUGCAGCAGUAAAAGAUGGUCGUUUGCAGUCUGGAGACAGAAUCCUGGAGGUGAAUGGACGGGACAUCACCAGCAGGACCCAGGAGGAGCUGGUGGCCAUGCUGAGGAGCACCAAGCAGGGGGAGUCCGUCUGUCUGGUCGUGGCUCGUCAGGACGAGGCCUUUCUACCUCGAGAGCUGAAAGGAGAGCCAAACUGCAGUAUUCUGUCUCCAGAAACCACAGAGCAGCUGACCUUUGAGAUUCCUCUGAAUGAUUCUGGCUCUGCUGGACUUGGUGUGAGCUUAAAAGGCAACAAAUCUCGGGAGACCGGAGCCGAUCUUGGGAUUUUCAUCAAAUCCGUUAUUCACGGAGGUGCCGCUUUUAAGGAUGGUCGUUUGCGAGUGAAUGAUCAGCUCGUUGCAGUAAAUGGGGAGUCACUCCUGGGCAAAUCAAACCACGAGGCGAUGGAAACGCUGAGGCGCUCCAUGUCCAUGGAGGGGAACAUUCGGGGGAGGAUCCAGCUGGUCGUUCUGCGAAGACUAGAGAUGCAGCCAGAGGAACGCUCUGACCAGGGAGUCUUUCAAAAAUCAGCCUUUGACGGGAUUCAUAACUUGGCAGCUGCUUCCCGACGCAAUGACACUAUUCCUCCGCAAUUUGUAACUCAGGAAAGAAUCAAAGAGUUGCCAGUGUCUGAUCGUGGCAAUGGUGAGAAUGAAACCCCUCCACCUCUCCCACCACAUCCCAGUGAGGAUCUGCUGAAUGAGGAUUAUAAUAAUAGCCCUGUCAUAAAUUCAGCAGUGUAUUUAGCAGAUCAGCACAUCAACUUCAGAUCUUUGACACCAGCCAAGCAGUCUGAACCAAUUAAUCUGAAAGCCUCCAAAAGCAUGGAUCUGGUGGCAGAUGAAAGCAAAGUUGGUUUGUUGGCCGGACACAAAUCGGACUCUUCUGGCAAAGAUUUUGGUCCUACCCUGGGACUGAAGAAGUCCAGUUCUCUUGAGAGUCUUCAGACUGCCGUGGCUGAAGUUAGGAAGAACGAACUCCCUUUCCACAGACCCAGGCCUCACGUGGUCCGUGGUCGAGGGUGUAACGAGAGUUUCCGAGCUGCCAUUGACAAGUCUUACGAUGGACCUGAAGAUGGAGAAGAAGAUGGUUUCUCUGAUAAGAGCUCUCACUCUGGUCAAGAAGCUCAGAACGUGGAAUCUGCCUCUCCGGGGAACCUCGAAAUAGAAGAUGCAGAAACCAAAGCAAAAAAAGACAAAAAAAAUAGAGAGAAAGAGAAGAAAAAGGAAAAGGGUAAAUCGAAAAUCAAAGAAAAGAAAAGGAAGGAAGAAAAUGAAGAUCCAGAAAAGAAAAAGAAGAAGGGAUUUGGUGUCAUGUUGAGAUUUGGAAAGAGAAAAGAAGAUAAAGGUGCGAAAACGGAUCAGAAGGGGAAUGCAAAGCAAGGCGUACUUAAAGAGGAGGAGCUGGAGAAAAUGAAAGAUGAACGGGAAAGGAUCGGUGCAAAGCAUCAAGAGUUACGGCAAAAGCAACUGAGAGGUCUGAGUGAUUAUUCUACUGGUCCUGGAGGACCUGACAUGGAUGAUGAUGAGGUGGAUCCAAAUUACGCCAGAGUAAACCACUUCCGAGACGCUUAUCCAGCAACAAGCAUCUACAGGCCAUCAUCACCAGCAGUAGCAGAAACCUUUGUAUAUCCUCGUGAUUCUCCUUCAACACCAAUGGAGAGGGAGCACCUGGAAGGACUGUAUGCAAAAAUAAACAAGCAGCACUACCCACAGACUCCUGGUGACAGUGGCUGCACAGGUGGUGGGAACGCGGAUCGUAUCCAGAAGUUACGGAAGGAGUACCAUCAGGCCAGGCGAGAAGGCUUACCCUUCUAUGAGGAUGACGAAGGAAGAACACAGCCGGCUGAUUAUGACCAGCGUUGGGUGCCUGGAAAAGUUCCAGACGGGAGCUCGUACAGUCUCCAGUUGGAGGGGAUGGAGAGGCAGUACGCAUCCUUACCCAGGCGUGGACCUGCAGAGCCACUGGAAUAUUUAACAGGGCCACGAGUAAUAUACAAAGAGAGAGAUCUUCCGUUCUACCAAGGAGGGCAGCCUGUUGUCCACCCAUCAAAGGGGAACUACAUCCGCGCACCAGACACCAGAGUGGCAGAACUGAGGUACCCCCAGUACUACCCAGCCCAGCCCAUCACAAACCAGCAUAAAGGACCCCUCCGACAGGACGUGCCGCCUUCCCCUCCUCCAUCCCACCGAGCACCAGCUUAUAGUGAAAUUGUCCGGCACCGUGGAACCAGUCCAGACCAGUACCAGUACAGGCAACAGGAUCCCAGGCAGAAGAACCCCAUAACUGCAGCUGUAUAGCCGCACACUGAACUUACCAGCACGGCCUGGGGAGAAUCCCGUCGGACAUCAUCCUUGUAGAGUUGUUCCCAAGCGUAGCUGCCUGUAAGAAUGGCACACGAGACCUGGAGUCGUUCUUACUGAGCUGGGCUCAGCGUAGGUGCUUUCUAACAGGCGGACUAAAGCCAUGUGAGGUACGAUGUGUUUUGAGUAUGUGAGGUACCAGACAGUUGAGUAUUUUUUAAUCCCUUUUAAAAAUAGAAAGUGGCUGCUGGAAAUGAAGCGCAACACUUAAUACACCUCAGGGCUAUUUACUGAAUCCAGUUACACCUAUAGAGUACGUAGCUGUCUGUAUAAGGGCAGUGGUGACACCAGAGUUUACUUCAGAGUGCUGCUGUAGAGCAAUUACGUGAGAACACAGCAUACAGUGUGGACAUCAUGCAGAGCUGGGGAUCUUGUGUAAUCCAGUGCUGUGAUCCCAAGUCGACAACGGACUGCCGCCGAGGCAGCGGCCACAUUCCAGGCACGUUCAGACCAGCAACUCUGUGAUUUAAGGAUGCUGCAGUUCCAGAUUUGUAAUCUGGCCUCUGUCUUCCUCUUCCCGUUUGGUGGUGGCAGCAUUUAUCUCGUAGCCUUCAUUUUUCACAGUUUGUAUAACGAGAUUCUCCUCUCAUUGCACCUGCUGCAUUUGAAGUAAGGCAGAAAGCUUUGUCUGCCACACUUGGGCAGCCAGCCACCCGAGAAGUGUGCGUCUGUAGAUGUGCGUGUGUGUGCUUGUGUUUCUUAGUUAUUAUACAGUGUGCGCUCCUUAAACGUGAACCGUGGAGGCAGGAUCCUCAGCUGCUGCCAAUAAGUGUCGCUCUUGGGGUUUCAGUGGAGCUGGCCUCUGAGAAGUGGCUGAGGAGGUGACCAUGGUGGGCACGGACCCCAUAAUGCACAUAAUGCACCUGUCGGUGUGGUGACCACCCUCUGUCACCCAAGUGCCAAACUACUCGAGUUCCUGCAGCCAGAGGCCAUUAUGCCCGUGGAGAAAGGGGAUUUUCACAGCAAGGGGUGAGGGAAAGACAAGGACAGCAACGAGGAGAGAUGCGGGAUGGAGAGGGGACCAGCAGUGCAGCAGAGCCAUGGGGGUGCCUACCCGCUCCCUAUAUAUUUUGUGAAGUUAAGUGGCCUUAAUUCCUUGACUUCUGCCUUUUUGGAACGUUACUAAGCUGCUUGGGCUCCUCUCAUCAUGGAGAGACUACGACCUGGCCAAGGAUUUCUUUGAUGUCUUUUUGACACCUUUGGUAUGCGGCAGAUUGAAAUCACAUAGGUCACUUCCCAGGUAUUAAAUAUCACUGGGAAGGUUUGUCCUGCUAGGAGUGUGUCUCUUUAGCGGAUAUCCCUGGGAAAAGGGCUCGUUAGAGGUGCGUAAGGCUCAGGGCAGGGUGGUUCUGUGCACCGCUGCUUUCCUGAAGCAACAUCAGUAGGGAACGGCCCUGAUGAGAAGCAGCAUUUAAUCCCAGCCAGCACUUCUGUACUGCUGUCGCUGGUGAGAGACUGGAACCCGGGGGCACUUGCAGCUGUAUGGAACAUCUGCAUUCACACCCAUCUCUCCCAGCUGGGAAGCAGGGCAGAGAAAACAGCUUUGUCAAGGGGGUAGAGGAACAUCUCGGUGAUCCAGAUACAGGGCUGGGUUCCCUGGGGCAGGGGCCGGCACAGCGCUAAGUCCAGUCAGGAGGAAGCAUUGGUGGGAGGGAGAGAGGGAGAGGAACGCAGCCGAUUACAAAGCGUGUUUGGUUCUUGCUCCAUUUCUUUCUGCCCUCUUCCCUAGUAAUGUAGGAGGGAAAAACCUCUGGAGGGAGCAUUGGGUGUAAAGCUGGAUGUCUCUCAGCACCCUCUAUAAAUAAGGCGCAUUCCCCAAGGAAACUCUGCCUGUCGCGUACGUGCUGUACGCAGCCUCGUACUUCUCUCGGAGAGUUUUAGAUGCUGUAGGAUACUCAGCCAGGACUUGGCAGCCACAGGGUAGCCGCUGGUGUUAUGAAGGCCUGCUGAAAGUGAAGCGAAAACAAAUUAAAAUACUUUCCUUUCCCUCCUUGAAAUAUAACCACUGAUACAUUUGAUCCAGCUGUAAAGAAACUAAUACGUUUGCGACAGUGGCUUUAUCAAGCCAGGCCACAAUUAGGAGCAGCUCUGAAUAUAAGCUACUGCCUUUAUAAAUCACUCUCAACUAACCCUUCAAAUGGCAUCACAGCACAGUGAACAGAGCUUAUUUACAGUAUUUCAAGAGCCAGGGCCAAAUAAAAUCUGGAUGGAAACAGCUCCUGGGUUAUUUAUAGCCUUUGAAGGACCUGCACAAUUGUCUCCCCGUAACCUGAAUCUCUCCUUAACAGCUCCCCAUGACUGCAUCGGCUCCACUCGUUUGAGGCAGACAGAUCAAACGAACACCACCUGAGCUGUUAAUCUUACCCAACAGGUUAUUAAAUGAUGCUUCUGCUGUUAGAUCAGUACAGAGCUUCUCCAAAAAAAAAAUGAAGUGUUACAAGUAUAAUAUCUGGAUGCAUCCUACAGGUGAGAAGCUAAGGAAGAAGAACAGUCUGACCUAGCUGAGGGAACAAGACCAAAAAGUAUUGCAGAGCAUCUCUUCAGUCUCUGGUGCCAUUGUUCUGGGAGAAAAUUGCCAUUUGCUGGUUUAAUAUCUGGUAGAGGUACAGUAUUUUCAAAAGCAUAAUGUGUAACUACAGUAUAUAUAGUCAGCUUCUCUGCAGUGUAAAAUGUAUGAUUUUAGCACCAUAUUGUGGAAAAAUAUGUACCGUGCAGAAUUCACGAGGUGCUACAACUGACGGUUGAAAAUACACACUUGCAAAAUCCAAAAGAGCCGUUAAGUAACAAGUUGUUCUUUUCCCCAUAUGUCCAUAUGUUUGGGAAAAUCGUGAGCCUGAAACGCUCUUGACACGUAAUUGCCUCGCGCUCCCUCAUCCAAACGUGCCAGUCCGGUGCUGGGGUUUGCCGCAGGAGCGGCGUGCCAUACACAUGAGCAGGAGAGGGGACACGGGGGACAAGGGCUGGAAGCUCUGAUUUCUUGAGCUGCUUCUGGCGCGGGCCCAGCGGUUGAAAGAUGAAGAGACAGAAAAGGAGCCUGUGGAUUUUCUGAGUGACCACCCACUAGUGAGCCAUGAUCUUGGCCUGCAAGCAGACAUUACCACUGUGAUGCAUUAUGGUGCAGAAGUCACCCCUCGGAUGCAUAAAGAAAUAUCCAUUGCCCUUUGUGGGGAAAAAAAAAAAAGGGGUAACUAAGCAUUAAAAAAAAAAAUGCUUCUGCCUUGAAACAGUGCAUGCAGCCCUGAAUUCCGAUUCACUCCAGCUUCCUGAUCUAGAAAUAGCUUCACAUGCUGCCUAAUUUUUUUACAGAUGAAUUGUGCUACCUCCUCCUCUCCCAGCCGUCACAGAUGUGUUUAUGAGAGUCGGUGCUGUGAGUGAAUCCUGCCCGCUGCUCUGCCAGGGCCACAUCCUGACACUGCUCGCAGCAGGGGCUGCUUUGCACUUCCAAAUCGCCCUGCACCUCUGCUCUCCCCCCGGCUUGUUCUGCAGAGCCUCGAAGCCUUAUGUGCAAAUUGGAAGAACUGUUCACUAUCUCUGCAUAGAAAAGGAGGCUUUAUAAGACACCGUUCUGUUGUUGGGGGGGAGAGAGAGGUGUUUGUGACCCUGACAAUACCUGUGUGUUUAAGUGAAACUGAUUUCAAAAUCAUGCAUGAUUGAUUUGGGGGGAGAAAUUCAACACACACUCUGAGAGGUUUUUUUUCUAGUACCACUUCGAAGUUUUUGAUCUUUUGUUACAUAUGGCUAUAUAAAUCUUACCUGGUUUAUUUUGCAUUAAAAUAAAGGCUUUAACACUA